AUGUCCGCUCCAGUCAACGAAAAGACUCGGUACGACGAAUACCCUCAGGAAAAGACCCUCCAGCAAGAGACCGUCGAGGUCAAGGAGAACAUAGAGGAUGAGGAGGAGGAGUACGUCUACGAGGAGCGUCAGUUCACCUGGCGCGCGGCUAUCGUUGGAUCCUUGCUCGGAUGCGUCGUCGCUGCCAGUAACUUGUACUUGGGUCUCAAGAUCGGCUGGACCUUCGGUGCCGCUCUCUGGGGCUCCAUCUUUGGUUUCUUGAUCUUGAAGUCGAUCUCUCGCAUGACCAACACCGUCUUUGGCCCCAAGGAGAACGCUGUCUGCCAGACUGCUGCCACCUCUGCCGGCGGUCUCUCCAGCGGUUUCGUCACUGCCAUCCCUGCCAUGUAUCGCAUGGGUCUUAUGGGCGACAACUCUCCCAAGGACGAUGUCGUCGCUCUCUUGCUCUGGACCGCCUCUGCCGCCUUCUUUGGUAUGUUCUUUGCUGUCCCCCUCCGCGCCCACUUUGUCAUCAACCAGGACCUCGUCUUCCCCACCCCUCGUGCCGCUGCCGAGACCAUCAAGAACUUGCACAAGAACUCCUCGGCUGCUGCCAAGGAUGCCCGUGACUCUGGCCGUGCCAUGACGUACUCAUUUCUCAUUGCCAUGGCCUUUGCCAUCAUCGGUUUUUUCAUUCCCGGCCUCUUCACUGAGAUUCAUAUCCUCUGGUACAUUGGUAACGCUGCCUCCUACGCCGCCAUGAUGAACGCCGAUCGCGCCUGGGGCUGGAUCUUCACCUGGGACUUUGCCUUCUUCGGUGCUGGUUUGAUGACCCCUGGAAGCACUGUCUUCUCCUUCCUCCUCGGAGAGUUGAUUGCCUUUGGUAUCGCUGGCCCCCUCAUGACCUCAGCUGGUUACUUGACCGGUCGCAGUGGUUUCCUUCCACCACCUGUGAUCGGUUCUGCUCAGUCCUGGUUCCUCUGGCCCGGUGUCGGUAUGAUGGUCUUCACUGCCUUCUCUGAGCUCGGCGCAAACGGUAAGUCAAUCGGCCACGCCGUCAUGACCGCUGUCCGUGAAGGUCGCAACUAUAUCCGCAAGCUCUCUAAAAAGGAGGCCAUUGUCAGCCAUUCCACCUACGUCUCCAAGGACACCACCCCCGAGCACGAGCUCAUCCCUACCAGCUGGUGGGUCGGCGGUCUUCUCGUCUCUGGUGUCUUCACUAUCUUGGUCAUGUACUUCAACUUCCACGUCCCCGUCUAUGCCACCAUCGGAGCUAUCAUCCUCUCCUUCUUCCUCGCCUUUGUCGGUCUCCAAGCCUCCGGUGAGACCGAUAUCAACCCUACCGGUGCCGUCGCCAAGGUCACCCAGUUGGUCUUCUCUCGUAUCCCCAACCCCGAUAUUAGGGUUGUUCAAAAGACCAACCUCAUGUGCGCCAACAUUGCUGCUUCGGUCUGCUCCCAGGCCGUCGACAUGGUCGGAGAUCUCAAGACCGGUCACUUGAUUGGUGCCUCCCCCCGUGCCAUGUUGUGGGCCCAGUUGGUCGGCUCUACCUUUGCUAUCGCCAUUGCUGUUCCCCUCUUCUUGCUCUACACCCAAGCUUACCCAUGCGUCCUCGACGAGUCGAUCACUGAGUGCCAGUUCGCCGUUCCCGCCGUCGUUGCUUGGGCUAACGUCUGCAAGAUCUUGACCGGUGAUGGCUCUGUCCCCCACGCCUCCAUGAUCCUCACCAUCGUCUGCUGCAUCUUGGCCGUCAUCAACGUCAUUGUCCGCGUCAAGUUAGUCCCCGACCGCCUUAAGCCCUACUGGAUCAACUUGAACGCUGUCGGUCUCGGCUUCAUCAACCCCGCGCCCGCCAUCCCCAUCGCCAUGCUCAUUGGUUGGACCUCGGGCCAGAUCUGGAUUCGCACCAGCCCCAGGACCCACGAGCGUCUCAUGUACUCCGUCUCGGCCGGUCUCAUUGCCGGUGUCGGUAUCGCUGGUCUUGUUAACGCUGCCAUGACUAUCGGUGGUGUCGAAGCAGGCGUCGUCACAGUCGGAUGCGGCCUCAAUGGCGUCAAGCUUUGCUAA